AGUUCCGGGGUUUCCUCCAGCCCCCUCACGUCCUCGCGCCGCCCGCGUUGACUGGCCGCUUAUCUCCGUCGGCUCGCAGAUAGCGGCGCUCCUCUCAGCGCGUGCAGCCCGAGCGCCGUGCGUGGGAGGGACUUACACAGAGCUCCCCUCGGUGCAGCCUGCUGCCGCGGCGUCGAUCAGGGGGGGAAUCCAGGCUAUUCAAGGCAUAUAAGGCUCUUUAUCUGCUCCCGUCAUGCGGCCCCGCUAAGAUGUAAUGGCUGCGAGUCAGAAGGCGGAAUGGAUGCUGAAGUAGCGCGGGAUGUUCUGGAGUGAAAGCGUCGUGGGAGGAAGCCUCCGAGAGAACGAGCGCGCGGCGACAAACGAAUGGCUUCUCCAGAGCUUCUCCCCACAGAUGAGCCCGACUCUCCCGGCGUCCUUGACCGGGUUUCCGGCGACCUGCACGUCCGCAAGGCGGGCGGUUCGACCGGAGGAGCGCUCCCGGGGGAGGCGGGCUGUAACCCGGCGCGCAGCUGCCACGGUCCGCGUCUCUCGGCCCCGAGGACGGUGCCGCGCAAGGGGGGCGCGGAGGUUAAACUCGGUCACCUCGGCGAGGAGAGGAUCCGGGUCUGCUGCGACGAGGAGCUGGAGACGUCGUUCACCUACAUUGACGAGAAUGUCAACCUGCGACUGGCCAGCCCCGACUCCAAGCGUAAAAGUACUCAUAGAGCCGUGCGCAACGGCGAGCCUUGCUCGGAGGCGCUACCGGAGCUCUCCUUCAUGUCCGAGGAUGACCUCUCCAUCGGCGAGGGCUCGGGGAGUUCUGUAGACUACGGCUUCAUCAGCGCGGUCACGUUCUUGGUGACGGGGAUCUCCUUGGUGAUCAUCUCGUACGCCGUGCCGCGCGACGUGGUGGUGGACCGGGACAGCGUGUCGGCCCGGGAGAUGGAGAGGCUGGAGACGGAGAGCGCCCGCAUCGGCGCCCACCUGGACCGGUGCGUCAUAGCCGGACUGUGCCUGCUCACGCUGGGCGGCGUGGUGCUCUCCACGCUGCUGAUGGUUUCCAUGUGGAAGGGGGAGAUGUACAGGAGGAAGGUGGUGGCUUAUUCCAAGCGCUCGGCCAAACUCUACGGCUCCAUAAGCCUGAAAACUAGAUCCAGCCCGAGCCACUCAUCUGCGCGCUUGUCCCUGGAGGAGGAAAUGCAGGACACUUUGACUUAAGACGCUGCUCUGCACAUAACCUUAUACAGGGGGAAUUAACGCCAUUCACCACAUGCUGUAGCCUGAGUCUGCAAGAGUUUGUCACAUAUUCUAGAAAUAGCGCUGUAUUGUAUUCCAUAGCAAAAAAAAGCAUAACAGGAAAACGGAAACGAGCAAAAUGAUUUUUUUAAAGCACCGGACAAUAAAAGUGGCCAUGAAGAA